AUGUUGGAAGGAAAAUUUGAUGAAUCAACUUUGUUAAAGAAGAUUGUUGACUCAAUCAAAGAUUGUGUCAAGUUGUGUAAUUUCAACUGUACUGAACAUGGAAUAACUGUUCAAGCCGUUGAUGACUCGCGUGUCUUGUUGGUAUCAUUAUUAGUUGGACAAACUGCAUUCAGUGAAUACAGAUGUGACAGAGAUGUCACAUUGGGUAUAGAUUUGGAAAGUUUCAGCAAAAUCAUCAAGUGUGGUCAAAAUGAAGAUUACUUGACUUUGUUGGCUGAAGAUAGUCCUGAUAGUGUAAUGACUAUAUUUGAAGAUAAAAAGAGGGAAAGAGUUAGUGAAUAUAGCUUGAAGUUAAUGAAUAUUGAUUCGGAAUUUUUGAAAAUUGAUGAUAUGGAAUAUGACACUGUUAUCAAUAUGCCAAGUUCAGAAUUUGCCAAGAUUGUUAGAGACUUGAAAAAUUUAAGUGAAUCUUUAAACAUUAUUGUUACCAAAGAUUCAGUCAAGUUUACUAGUGAAGGUGAAACCGGUACAGGAAGUGUUGUAUUAAAACCAUAUACUGAUAUGGAUAGACCCGAAGAAAGUGUUAGUGUUCAUUUGGAUAAUCCAGUUGAUUUGACUUUUGGUUUGAAAUAUCUUAAUGAUAUUAUUAAGGCUGCUAGUUUGUCUAGUUCUAUUACUAUUAAAUUAGCUGACAAGACUCCUGCUUUGUUUGAGUUUAAAUUGGAUGUUGGUGGAUACUUGAGAUUCUACUUGGCACCAAAAUUCGAUGAAGAUGAAUAA